AUGAAGGUCGCUAUAAAAACUACUUCUGGUGAAUCUUACCAAAUCACCAUCCCAGAUAGAUCUACCAUAAAAGACUUGAAGCUUUUAGCUAUCGUGGCCUCCAAAUCUCUUAAGUCCACUGAUUUAAACGUCUAUAACUUAUAUUUCAAGGGUAUAAAGUUGGAUCUACUUGAAACAGUUUCUUAUUACAGCAUAAAAGAUAAUGACUUGAUAAUUAUUGGUAGCAAGGUCCCUGAAGAAAACGUCAACACUAUGGAAGCUGCUGCCAGAUCUUUGUCUCUCGUCCAUGAUGAAUCUUUAAACUCAGUGUCAUCGCCGGAUGCCCAGGAUGCUCUAGAUGAUGUAUCAAAAAAGGAUGACAUCGCCAGUGUCUGCAUUCCACAGGUCGCCUCUCCAAAAUCACCUAGAUCCAAAUCGCCAGUGAGCCAACCCACCAUCGCAAAAAAGAAGAAGAAUUCUAAAAAAUGCAAUUUUGCUAACUGUAAUAAUGCCUCGUUGAGAAUUAUUGGUAACUGUCUGGAUUGUAACGGGAAAUUCUGCGCAAAGCAUAGGCUCUUGGAAAAUCAUUUAUGCUCUGGGUUAUCAAACUGCAAGAAGGCUGCCUUUACUAGAAAUGCAAACAAGUUACACCAAGAGCAAACCAUCAGCCUGAAGGUAUAA